AUUGCAACUCCUAGAAAUCCCUAAUCGCUUCCAUCCCAAAAAUCCCUAAUCACAAUCCCAAAUUUUUACCCAAAAAAAUCCCUAAUUGCUGUAAGUCAGACAUAAUGGGUAGCAAAAUUGGGAAGGAAAAGAAGAUGGGUGAUGAUAACAAAGAUGACAAGGUAACCUUAGAUCAAGAAUUGCAACAAAUGCAUGCCGAUUAUGAAAAGGUUUUUCUCCUUUUUUAGUCAUUUUCCUUUUAAGCUAUCUUUUAGUUUUCUUUUGGCUUUACACAAUCCUCCAUUUACAUAUUUAAUUCCAAAGAGGAAAUAUUUUGCGUGGAGUACUUGUAGAUCUCGCCAAACCAGAGAGGAUUGUAGCUCGUAAUGCCAUACACCAAAAUUCUUCAAGAUUUGGAGGAAAGGUAUUCCUUGAAACUAUUUUCAAUUUUUAAUUAGCAUUUUAUUUCCAUGAAUUCUUGAAACUUUACAUGCAUUCAGUGUUGAAACCAAAAUACAUGAGUAUUGGGAGAGGACAAGAAUAUAAAGAUAUAAAUGCUUGGCUGGUAAGUUUCACCUAUUUUAUUCAUGCUUGAGUUCCACAGACAUUUAAUAUUUGUUUUUGGUUUAUAGUUUUUUGCUUCCUUCUAUUUUUAGAAGCCAAUACAACAAGCUAGUCAAAAGGUUGCUGAAGAAAAGAGGAAUUUGUCAAUGCAGGUUCAGAUGCUGCAAAGAUCUAGUAUAAAAUGACUUUCCAUUUACUUGAGAUUUAUAAUCACUUCCACCCAAUUCAAUACUAGAAAUUACUCAAUUACAUCCACUUUUUGUUUUUGAAGCCAAUGUUGGUAGAAGUGAAGCAGAAAGAUUAGCACGGUAUCAAAAAUUUUUUCAUGUACAUGAAGCCAGCAUCAAAAGAGUAAAUUCUUGUCUUUAGA